AAGAAGGCGAGCCACAACACGGUGCCUUGUCUGCUGAAUUCUGUAAAUGUUAUAAUUCUUGAUGUUCUAAGCAUAUAUUACUGAAAUUACUAAAAGGGAAAUUGGAAGAGCAGGCAAGAUGAAAAUUAACAUGAAAUUACUGCCUAUGAAGGCACAUUACUUCUUAAUGUUUGCAGGCACUGCACCUGUGCUUCCAUUCCUGCCAGUAUAUGCACGACAACAGGGUAUCUCCCCUGCUGGCAUUGGCCUCAUCUACACCAUCCUACCCUUUGUCGGACUCUUCGCAAAGGCUGCAUCAGGUGCGCUUGCUGAUUUACUUCGCAUUCACCGAGGAGUUUUUUUGUCUGCUAUUGCUGUGUGUACCCUUGGUUUCUUCAGUGUCUACUUCACGCCACCAAUACCUCAGACACCGAAUAAAGUUCCUGCCAAAGUGACUCUGGAUUGUAGCUCGCCUUCAACCUACAUCAAGUUUUGCUCUUCCAAGGAGAAAUGUAGACAGAAUGAUUUCAUUAACGGCAUUAAGGAUAAUUAUACAACAACAUGUAAAGUGGAUUGCGCAGGAGAUGAUACAGAAACGAUCAAGUCAGUGUGCACAGCUUGGAAUUUAUCUUCUUCUUGCGAGGACUCCGAACUGAACUUCACUGCCACGACUAACCUGUUCCACAAUGAGCAAGUUCACCCGUGCACCUUCUUUCCCAUAGCCAAUAUUACAGCUGGUGGCAUGGAGUUGGCCGAUCCCACUUGCCCUGACUUAACCAGCUUGAACUGCACACUAGUCUGCAACGACGGCAGAUUCAUGUCGUAUAUGGAAGCCCCCCUGACGGUCCCUCCGACGACUUAUCAAGAGCUGUUGUCGUACCACCAGUUCUGGCUCUAUCUCUUGUGCGUCAUCAUUGCUUGGAGCGGCCUGGGGAUCUCGGUGGUUAUGUCCGAUACGGUGUGCUUCCAGCUUUUGGGUGAAAAAGCCAACAAGUAUGGAGAACAGCGCCUGUUUGGAUCGCUGGGCUGGGGCACCUUGGUUGUCAUCACAGGCCUUCUUAUCGACUACGCCUCCCAAGGUCAAGUGCAAAAAGACUACACAUCCGCCUUUGUCUUGAGUCUUGCUGUCUUGUUUGUAGAUCUCGUGGCUGCGACUCGUCUCCAGAUUGAGGGAAAUGAGAAGAAGAGCUGGACAGCAGGUGCAAUGGCUCGCCUUAUUUGUGAACCACAGAUCGUUCUCUUCGUCGUCUGCUGUGUUGUGGUUGGAAUAUCGACUGGCAUUCUGUGGACUUUCCUGCUGAUGUUGGUUGAGGACAUUGCCUUUGAGUGGGACUGUCACUUCCAAGCCAUGAAACUGCUUCAGGGACUCAUCAUGGGCGUCCAGUGUUUUGGCGGAGAGCUGCCCUUCUUCUUCAUAUCCGGCUGGUUCAUCAAGAAGCUGGGUCACGUCCAUGCCAUGUCCCUGGUGAUUGGGAUGUUUGGGAUUCGCUACAUCCUGUACUACACCAUUGUUAAUCCGUGGGUUUUCCUGCCUAUUGAAUUGCUCAAUGGCUUCACCUUUGGGAUUUUCUAUGCAACCAUGACUUCUUAUGCGAGUCAGGUUGCUCCCAGUGGCACGGAAGCAACAAUGCAGGGUAUUGUGGGAGCUGCUUUUGAAGGCAUUGGCAUUGCAGUGGGUGGCUUUGUGGGAGGGUCACUUUUCUUCACUGUUGGUGGCUCAAGAACCUUCCUCUAUACAGGAAUAUUCAACUUGCUCUUUGCUGUUCUCCACAUUAUCCUGCAGAUCCUUCUGAAGAGGCUAAGACCACAGUCAGCAUCAGCUGGAGGUAGUCCAACUCCAGUGGGUUAUAUGGUCCCCAGUGAGAGCAUGAAACCUGUAGCUGCUACAGAUGGAGAGGCUGAAGAAGAUUAAGUUAUGAGAUCACUAUAUCAAAAAUAUCAAAGUCUCAUGUUAUGUUGGGAGUUAACCAGUGAGUGUGACUGAGGAAACUUUUUUUUCUGGAAGCAAACACAAAUAUAUGUUUCCUGCAAUUAACUCAGGAGGAUAACAGCCUUGGAAGGACUAAAGUUAGCAGUAACAUGGAGUUGAAGAUCCUGUUUGUCCCGUCCGCUUUUCAAGGGCACAAUGAUCAAGGUCACUUUAGUGAGUACUUCCUUAAAUGAUAAAUAUGCAUAAAAUGCUAAAUAUAUUUUUGUCAAUGAGAAAAGGAGCCUUAAACAUUAAGAAGUAUGGCUGGAGAUUUAUUGUUUCCCUCUCUGGAAUAUAAGUAACAUUGAUUUAGGCUGUUGAGCUUGUGGUGCUUCUGCUAGAUCUACUAUUAGUAUUAGCAUGUACAAAAUAUAUAGAACAAAUGUUUUCCAUGCUUCAGAAAUUCCAGUGAGAGCCAAACUGAAGCACAGACAUUUUACUGAUGUUAUUUAUAUUAUCUUUAUUAUUUUGAGAGGAUUUUUUUUUCAUUUGAUAUCUGAAUUUGAUUACUACUGAAGCCAGGUAUCAGGGCUGACUCCAGUGAUUUUUAGGUAUUUUUUUUAAUGAACAAGCUACUUGCAAAAGCAUAGAGCAGCUGCACUCUUUGCUUUAGAGAACUUAACCUCUUGAAUGUGAUGAUAACCUCCAAAGGCAACAAGGCAGUGAGCCAGUUUUGUAUUUCCUGCUCCUGAUAGUGCACUUAGCAGUGGAUUGUCUGGGGUGACCUCUCACCUUAAGCUGGUGUAUCAGCUUCGAGGUCUUAUUGGUCCAGGAAGUUUUCAAAUGAAAUUAUGUGAUUUUUUUCUCUUCCUAAGGAGAUAUUGGACCAGCAAUACCCUCUAGGUCGACUGAUCCUGUCUUUUUUUGGGGUAUCUCAUACUCAGAGGGUUAAUACUGUGAAAUUUACAUGGACUGGUGCCAUGUACAUAUAUUGAUAUUCUUAUUUAUUAGUAAUAUAAUGUGUGUGUACAUGUAGUAAUGCAUUUUUUAAGAGAAUAGGUAAUGCUUUCUAGGCAUUUUAGAUAUUGGAAUAUUAACUUCUGACUUUUUAGACAUGUUAAAACAGCAAAGUUAGUGAAAUCUUAGCCAUGUGAAUAUCAGGUCUGAGCAAAAGGCUUAUUAGCAAAAUCUUUGGCCUUGAUUUCCAUGAAUUCAUGUUUCAUGCAUAUGGUAUAAAAAAAAGUUCAUUACUAAGGAUGUAUGUAUUGUAUAUAGGUCUGGAAUAAAGAGAAACGUGUCAGACGAUAAA